AUGGCGUGGAGAUUGGGAGUUACACUACUAUGUUUAGUUGCAAUCAUCCAAGUUCGAGUUGAGGGGAUUAGACCAAGAUGUUUCAAGUGUGUAAGCUUAUCAUCAUUUGCAAAUUGCGUAAAACCUGCAGUAUGUUACGAAGUUUUUGGAUCGCCAAAGAUUGUGAUAAUCGCUCGGUGCGUCCCCACUUACUUCUAUCCCCCCGUCUCCAGGUUCCAUGCCGAGAUCAAGGCAGUGGAUGGAAAAGCAUGCAAAAAACAAACGACUCCAGGAGCACCAAGCAUAACAACUAGACCGGCAACCCACGUAACGACUCCGGCAACCCACGUAACAACUCCAGGAGCACCACACAUAAUAACUAGACCAGAAACCCACGCAACGACUCCAGGAGCAUCACGCAUUACAACUAGACUUGCAACCCACGCAAUGACUCCAGGAGCACCACGCAUAACAACUAGAUCUGCAACCCAUGCAACGACUCCAGGAGCACCACACAUAACAACUAGACUGGCAACCCACGUAAUGACUCCAGGAGCACCACGCAUAACAACUAGACCGGCAACCCACGAAAUGACUCCAGGAGCACCACGAGCACCAAGCAUAACAACUAGAGGAGCAGGAACACCAAGCAUAACAACUAGACCGGCAACCCAUGUUAGGACUCCAGGAGCAUCACGCAUAACAACUAGACCGGCAACCCAUGUAACGACUCCAGGAGCACCACGCAUAACAACUAGACCGGCAACCCACGCAACGACUCCAGGAGCACCACGCAUAACAACUAGACCGGCAACCCAUGUUAGGACUCCAGGAGCACCACGCAUAACAACUAGACUGGCAACCCACGUAACGACUCCAGGAACACCAAGACUGGCAACAAAAUCUGAAUGGAGAGUGUCCAAACAAACACCAACAACAGAACUUAAAUUAAUUACACCUGAAGUUAUGCUGACCCUAGAAUGCAUAUCACCUUUAAUGAUCAUCAUCCUCAUAAUAAUUAUCAUCUGUAAGAAGUGUUGCGCACCAUGCCGGCCUGUCACUGCUACAGACACUACUACUAGUACUACCUCUCCAACUUCUACAAGUGUCUCAACUACAACUGCACCAGCAUCUCCUUCAGCAUCUUCCAUUGAAGUAGAAGAUGUCAGUAUUCAAGUGACACCCUCCCGGCCUUUGUGUGCUGAUGAAAAAGAAGUUAGGAAAGCUAGGAAGCAGCCGAACAGAAAAGCAAAGAAAAGCAUUCCUUGGCAUUAA